AUGAAGCAUUACAACAUUGUUAUUUCCCUUUCUAAACAGAUUGAAUUCAGUGGAAUGGCGUCAAACAUUGUUACUUUGAGCAUGUUGAUAAAUUGUUUCUGCCACCUGGGUCAAUUGAAUUUUGCUUUUUCUGUAUUAGGCAAGAUUUUCAAGAGGGGUUAUCAUCCGGAUGUCAUAACCUUGACAACACUUUUGAAAGGUUUUUGUCUUAAUGGUCAGACAAGAGCAGCCAUGCAGUUGCUGAGAAAGAUCGAAGGGAAAUUGGUUAAGGCUAAUGUGGUAAUGUACAACACAAUUAUUGAUAGCCUAUGCAAGGAUAAACUUGUAGCUGAUGCAUGUGAUUUAUAUUCUGAAAUGGCUGUCAAGAAAAUUCAUCCUAAUGUUGUCACUUUCAGUUCUCUGAUCUAUGGCUUUUGCAUUUUGGGUCAAUUGAAAGAUGCAAUUGGUUUGUUAAAUGAAAUGCCAUUGAAAAACAUCUACCCUGAUAAUUAUACCUUUAAUAUGUUGGUUGAUGCAUUAUGUAAGGAAGGAAAGGUUAAAGAAGCAAAAACUAUGUUAGCUGUGAUGAUGAAAGAAGGUAUAGAACCUGAUGUUGUCACUUAUAGUUCAUUAAUGGAUGGGUAUUGCUUAGUUAAUGAAGUGAACAAUGCAAAAUACAUAUUCAACACUAUGGCCCAAAGGGGAAUGACUCAGAGAGUUUGGAACUAUAAUAUCAUGAUUAAUGGAUUAUGUAAGAAUAAAAUGGUGGAUGAAGCCAUGUCUCUCUUUAGAGAAAUGAAAUGCAAAAAUAUGAUUCCUGAUACGGUUACCUACAACUCUCUUAUUAAUGGUUUGUGCAAAUCAGGCAGAAUCUCUUAUGUUUGGGGUCUUAUUGAUGAGAUGCAUGAUAAAGGUCAACCAGCUAAUGUAAUCACUUACAAUUCCUUAUUAGACUCUUUAUGCAAAAGCCAUCAUCUGGAUAAGGCAAUUGCAUUAUUCAAGAAAAUUAAAGACGAGGGAAUUCUGCCAGAUAUAUGCACAUACAAUACACUUAUUGAUGGACUAUGCAAAGGUGGAAGACUUAAGAAUGCACAAGAGGUUUUUCAGGAUCUUUUGAUCAAAGGCUAUCAUAUAAAUGUCUGGACGUAUAAUAUUAUGAUCAAUGGGCUGUGUAAAGAGGGCUUGUUUGAUGAAGCCUUGGCUUUGAUGUCAAAAAUGAAAGACAAUGAUUGCAUCCCUGAUGCUAUAACUUUUGAAGUAAUAAUUCGUGGUCUCUUUGAAAAAGAUGAGAAUGAUAAGGCAAAGAAACUUCUUCGGGAAAUGAUUGCCAGAGGUCUAUUGUAAGAGUAAGACUAGGUGCAUCAGAACAAAACAUUUCUAUAGAGGAAAGUUCAUCCGUACCAGAAGAUCCAGAGACUGCCAAGAAACUAAAAUUGCUAAAUGAAAAGAUCACAAGCAAUUGCUCUGCUAUGCCAAUUGUUUUGAAAAGGAUGAAAGACUGCAUUGCGAAAAUUGAGAAGUUAUAUUCAUACAAUGCUGCAAUCAUACAUCCAGCCUUCUAAAGGAAGAAGCCAGGAUAAGCAUAAUGUAUCAUAGUUUAGUUAGUUAUCUGAACAUCUAAGAA